AUGUCUUCGGUACAUCCCUCCUGGGUGAUAUUGGGGAGAGCAGAGGCCGACAGUGAUAGAGGGGAAUGGGGCACGGAGGGGGGCCGGUCGGCCGCUGAUAGAAAGGCAGCCCUCAGGUUGGGGAUUUGUAAGGGCUCUGUGGAGGGAUUGGAGGGAGCCUGCUAUCCGCUAUCCGCUAUCCGCGCCUCAUCUCCUUGUUGUCUUGAGGGAUUGCUGCCUCGGGAUUCCAGCCUUAUAGUCUUAGCCGUCCGGCCUCCAAUUCGUUCUCCAGCUGUUAAUUCGAAGUUGGUGGACGACGACGGUAGCAUCGAGACUGCCCUGAUGAACUACCUGUUCGCCAAGCAGGUCGUCAACCGGCUGAGGUCCCAGGUCGACGUCAGCGACCUCCAGAGGAAGCGCUCGUACUGGAAGCAGUGCGCCUUCAACGCCGUCUCCUGCUUCGGCAAGUAGACUCCGUCGCCAUAACAAUAACUAUAACAUUACCCACACUCCUCACCCUCUGUCCCUCCCUCCCGAUCACCGGCUGAUAUAUCUAUCUUAUUAUAUCGUUAUAUCAUUAAGUAUAAUAAUUAGUAACACUAAUAAAUGUUGUUAACCUUUAAUUAUAUAGUCAGUUUCUGUUCCCUCAUACUGUUCCAAAGCCAGUCCAAAUCGCAAACCUGAAAAAAAAUAAAAAGCAUGUUAUAAAUGUAAAAAAAUAAAAUUCAUUUGCUGUCAUGUGUUGUUUGCUAAAGUAUAAACCCUGUGUGUUUUAGCACGCUUUUCUGAGCACAGGAAGGAAGUUCUUUCAUAUAUGCACUUAUAUUACCACAAAAACAUAUAUACCAUGUUCAAAAAACAAACUUAGUAAUUUUAUUUGAAAAAAAAUAAUAAUAUUUAUAAUAUAAUUAAAAUUCACGAACUUCCUUCCUAAAAUGUGAAAGGUUAUUCCAUACAUAGAAAGAAAAUAUUUCAACUGUAAACCCUCACAAUUUCAGUAUGUAAAUAAUAAAAUAUAUAAAAUUAGAUAAAAUAUGUAAAACACGAACUUAGCUGGCAGAGUGAAUGUAAAUAAAAAAUUG